AUGCACAAAACUUCAGAUAGAAACAGUUUAAACAGCCAUUACAAAUUACCAGAUUGGUUGAUAGAAGUCAUUGAGGAUCUGGAUUCUUGUAUAGCCCAACGGCACUUUGAAGAUGCAAUCGACUUGUUGAAAAAAUCAGAAGAAUAUCUUGAUAACAGUCGAGAUAGUAUGGAGCUGUAUGAUAUAAAGUUAAGUCUAAAUAAUAGAACUACUUUUUUAGUUCAUACUCUUACAAAUGAGUUAGAACUUAUUGCAGAAUCCAAAUCCCUUCAAGGAGGAGGUUAUAGAUUUUCAAAAAAAGCCGUCAAGUUAUUAACUCAACUACAUCGUUGCACCCAAGCUUCUCAAUUAUACUUAAUGGUAUGCAGUGCCACAUUAAAAGCACGAUUGGAAAAAGUAAAAAGAGAUGGUGCAACAUCUUGUUACAUUAAAAGAUUGAGCUCAAUAGCUAUCAGCAAUAUAUCAGAAAUGUUAUGUGACUUUCUAGAUAUAUUUUCUCACACCAAAAAAUGUACCUCAGCUCUAGUAAUAUGGUGCAGUCAUGAACUAAAGAUACUGACAACACAUUUAUCUAAACAAAUGUUUUUACCUCACGUUUCACUGAAUGCUCUGGGUGAAUGUUUAACAACAAUACGUAGUCAUUGUGAGCAGAUGAUACACCUUGGGAUUGACAUUCGAUACCAGUUUGAUAUUCAAUUAAGAUCAACAUUAGCCAAAACUUUGUCAGAAACAAAAGAAAAAUACAUGGAUUCGGUCAAAAUUCGUUCUCUAGAAGAUAAUUGGCGACCAAGUAAUUUUGAAUCCCCUCAAAAUUUUUAUAAAUUAAAAUCAGAGCUAGAAAUUCUUGGAAUACCUAUGUUGAAAAUUUUGGAUAUUAAUAAGUAUUCAAUACCUUUAACUAGUAACACAUUGGCAUUUUCAAAACUUUAUAUAGGAAUAGUGGAAGAUUGUCUUAAUAUAUACGUUCCUGAAAUCAUUAUAACGGUACAAAACGUACUAUUAAGCAUACUACAAAUUCAGUUACAACAUUUACUAUCUUCUCUUUCAAAUUGCAGAUACAAACAACAGAUACCCUUAAUUAGGAAUAAUAUGCUGUACUUCAAUGUUUUGAUUGAUAGAACGUUAGAACUGUACAGAAGUGUAGUUGGCUACCAGUUUGAUCGUCUGUAUAUUUUGAAGAAAAAAUUUAGUUAUGAGUUAAAACAAUCAUCAAUGAAACCUCAACCAGCUCCACGUAAUUCUGUGACAAAAUACUCUACUAUAGAAUACAUCUGAAAACUUCUGGUUUUGUAUUAUAUUUUUUACAGCCUGAUAAAACUAUUGGAACAAUUCUAUUACUUAAAAAAAGCUUAUAAUGUAGCACUCAUCACCUUAGAACGAGUAUUCUACUGACAAAAUAAGUUUGCCAGUAACCUGCAAUAACUGUAAUUAAUAAUGUGAUAUUGUAUUUUAUUGACACACUACCACUAAUGACUGCUAAUUUUGUCA